ACUUUAGGCUUAUGUUGACGUAAGACAGGAUGAGUAAUAACACGGCUCUUCAAAAAGCGAUUGACCUGGUGACGAGGGCCACCGAGGAGGACAAGAACAAGAACUACGCCGAAGCUCUGCGCCUCUACGAGCAUGCCGUGGAGUACUUUCUUCAUGCUAUCAGGUACGAAGCACAGACUGAUCGGGCGAAGGAAAGUAUCAGAUCCAAGUGUGUCCAGUACUUGGACAGGGCUGAAAAGCUUAAAGAGUACCUCCGCACCAAGACCAAGGAGAAGAAACCCGUGAAGCAGGGCGAAAACAGCGACAAAAAGGAAGACAACAGCUCGGACAGCGACGAUGAGAACCCGGAGAAGAAAAAACUUAUGAAUCAAUUAGAAGGUGCCAUCGUCGUGGAAAAGCCGAACGUCAAAUGGUCUGACGUCGCCGGACUGCACGCGGCCAAGGAAGCCCUGAAGGAGGCUGUCAUACUGCCCAUCAAGUUCCCCCACCUGUUCACGGGCAAGCGCAAACCGUGGAAGGGCAUCCUGCUUUUCGGACCCCCAGGUACGGGAAAGUCUUAUCUAGCCAAGGCGGUGGCCACCGAAGCGAACAACUCGACGUUUUUCUCGGUGUCGUCGUCCCACCUCGUCUCGAAGUGGCUCGGCGAAAGCGAAAAGCUGGUGCGCAAUCUCUUUGAAAUGGCACGCAACCAGAAGCCGAGCAUCAUCUUCAUCGACGAGAUAGACUCCCUCUGUAGCACCCGGUCUGACAACGAGAAUGACGCCACUCGGCGUAUCAAGACGGAAUUCCUGGUGCAAAUGCAAGGUGUGGGCACCGACAACGAUGGUAUCCUGGUGCUGGGAGCCACCAACAUCCCCUGGGUCCUGGAUUCGGCCAUUCGGAGGCGCUUUGAAAAGCGUAUCUACAUUCCGCUGCCGGAGGAGCCUGCCAGAAUGCACAUGUUUAAGCUUCACAUUGGGAACACGCCUCAUAACUUGACGGAAGAAGACUUCAAGCAGCUGGCGAAACGCAGUGAAGGUUUCAGCGGAGCUGACAUCUCGGUGCUUGUGCGCGAUGCCCUGAUGCAGCCCGUGCGUAAAGUACAGACAGCGACGCACUUCAGAAGGGUGCGAGGGCCAUCACGCACUGACCCCAACGUCAUUGUAGACGACCUCUUGAUGCCCUGCUCUCCCGGUAGUCCCGGCGCCAUCGAAAUGUCCUGGAUGGAUGUGCCGGGUGAGAAGCUCCUUGAGCCUACAGUCACCAUGAGCGACAUGCUCCUGUCUCUGUCAACUGCCAAGCCGACCGUCAACGAUGCUGACCUCGACAAGUUGAGGAAGUUCAUGAAUGACUUUGGCCAGGAAGGCUAAGCGGAAAAAAUUGUACCGUUGGGAGGCAGUGCAAAAUGAUGCGCGCCGCACUACUGACCGAAGCUUUUCUGGUCAUGGCUCGGCCUCCUCCAGCAUUGACAUCUCACUACUUGUACGCACGCAUGAUGACGAAAGCUUUGGAUGUGAACAGCAGAGAACUGAUGACUCUGAAACUGGCCAGUGUGUGACCGUCACUGUCUGGAGGACUUGGGCAUUGCGAGGGCUGUCUCUCAGGGUAGGCAACCGUCGCCAUGGCCGCAAAAGCUUUCAUCUGCCAUUGGUUUUUCAGCAGAUAGCUCGGCGUCAAAAAUGUACCAGUGUUUCCAAGUGCACCAACCUUUCCAUACCCACCCUUUUCCCCUAAAUUUAAUGGCUGUGCUCAUAAAACACACUUGUCGCUUUUUGACUGGGAAACAGAAAGGUGCUCCAUUUUAAUCAGGCUGCGGUGCAGCAUCAAUGCACUUUUAAGAGUUUCGGAAGCAGCAGGAUGUGCGCAGUACUUAUCAGAGCUGUUUUGCUAGGCAGAAAGCGUCAAGUCUGGUUUUUGUUUGCACCAUCUUCCAAUUUCACAGGCCGUUUGUGCUCUAGCACAUGAUGCUCGUGGCACUCUCCAAGCAUUACAACCCUGUUGCUAAAGUGCAGUGUGAAGUAUGUCAACUUGUAUUAGAGAAAGUGAGUCUCUUUUGGAUGUCACUAUUAUAUAAGAAUGACAGCAAAAUUAAGUCCGGUAUUUAUGCAAGCUUCCUUAUAGCAUGCUUCUCAACAGUGCCUAGAUGGUUGGCACGCAGAAUGGCUAGAAGUAGAUUGCCACAGCUUUGGCUGCUUUCUAAGAGGUGGUGUCUAGCAACUGCUUCACUAGUGUGCCCUAUGAACAUAGCGAGGCAGUGACAUGCUGUGGUUGCGCGACAUGUUGCUAACUGCUGGUGAUGGUUAUUGUUCCAAGCAGUCCUAAAGCACUCUGCAGAGUCUAUAGAUUGCUUGUUGUUGUUACUGCCUCGAUCAUCAUUCCUGCACUGGCAGCAGUUUAGAUCUGUCAUAUUUUUCUGAAAGCUUUAAGCAUGCCCCUUCACAGGCGUCAGGCACCAUAUGAAAAUGUAGCUCCCUCGGAGACUGUGCUCUUUGUGAUGCUGCUGAAGAUCCGCUAAGGAUUGUUUUCUUGUUCUGUUCUUGUGCUUUGCAAUUAUCAAAAAAAAAGGAAAACUCUUGGGCAAUACAUGAUUGCCCGUUCUGAAUGUAAAAUAUUUCAUUUCGUUGUUCAAAUUGGGAAGUGGUUGGAUAAGCUUCUUGAGACAAGAAAGUACAAUAAACUGUAAGGAUGGCA